AUGGGUGUUCACGGACUCUGGGACAUUGUGGGACCGACCGCGCGGCCGGUCCGUCUGGAGGCCAUGUCGAAGAAGCGUCUUGCCGUUGACGCUUCUAUUUGGAUCUACCAGUUUCUCAAGGCCGUGCGAGACAAGCAGGGCAAUCAACUGAUCAAUUCGCACAUAGUUGGGUUUUUCCGCCGUAUUUGCAAACUGCUGUAUUUUGGCAUACGUCCGGUGUUUGUGUUUGAUGGUGGGGCACCGAUCCUCAAGCGCCAGACGAUUGUGCGUCGUCGUGAAAAAAGAGAAGGCAAUAAACAGACCGCAGAGCAGAUGGCGAAAAACCUGCUUGCGAGACAACUUCAGAACCGCGCAGAGCAACGUCUAAGCAGCCCGCCAAAGUCAAAGCCGAAGGCAACGUUCAAAGAGGUGUCGACGGAUAAGUUACAAGGAGGACAGUAUUAUGAGGAUAACAACUAUUUCGACACCAGAGAAAAGCCCAAAGAGCCUGCCAAAAAAGAUGGCAAGAUGUUCAGGAGACAGGACGAGUAUGAUCUGCCACAACUGGACAGUUUCAAAGUGGAGAAGAACGACCAACGGAUGAUCACGGACUACGAGUACGAACGACUAACCUCUGAUCUCCAGGACGAGCUGGGAGGUAUUGACUUGGAGACGAUCGACCCCAAGUCUGCAGACUUUGCUAGGCUCCCACUGUCGACCCAAUAUAUCGUUUUGUCUCAUUUGCGCUUGAGGUCUCGACUCAGAAUGGGCUACACAAAACAACAGCUGGAGACUCUAUUCCCAGAUAGUAUGGAUUUUUCCAAGUUCCAGAUCCAAAUGGUCCAAAAACGGAACUUUCUCACACAAAGACUAAUGAAUGUUGCUGGAAUGGACGACAUCGAUCCCGAAGUCCAAUCAAGGCGGAUUGCGAGCGACAGGGACAGAAUGUACGAAUUGAAGAGAAACGAAAAUGGAUAUACUUUGUCGAUUGACGACAAUGGACAGUCUGCAGACCAGGCCAUUGAUCUGGAUAGUGAUAAUGAUGAUGAGGAUCUGGAGGAUGUUCUUGAGGACGUGACAGAUAUAACUCCGUCUGGGCCUCCACUCGUCAAGGCACAGGUCUCAAAACCUGUGAGAACUGUUUCCGAGUCUGUUUCCAACCCUAUCUUUGUUGGUGAGGUCGAAACCGAGGAAAAGGACGAAGACCAGACAAUGGCCAUGAUUCAGUCUCUGUACGAUUAUGCCAACACUAACAACGCUGGAGUGAAACAGGCAAAAGAGAUGUCUGAAGAGGAUCAGCUCCGUGAGGCGAUUGAAAGAUCCAAGCAGGAUUACUAUAAUAUGGUUGAGCAGGAGGAAAACGAAGAGCAAAAAGAUCCAUUUGAUUUUGGACCUGCUCCUCCGCUUAUUCUGUCUGAACAGUCUUUGGGAACUAACAUGGAUAAGGUGACCAACAAGAAUGUUGAUAUUCCAAAGUUUGAUUUCAAGAACAGUUUGUUUGCAAGUGAUUCAAAGAAGCAAGAAAAACAGGAAACACCGAUUUGGUUCCAGCAGAAGUUGCCGGAGAGAAUCCACGACGAUGUUUCUCAGAAGACGCAAGCACCAGAGCAGACUGAAGACGAGAAGGCGGGGCUGUACCAUUAUGACGAUAUCGAAAACUAUCUGGAGCCGGAGAUCGAGUCUGAGGAUGAGGAGGUUGACCUGGCCAAGAGCUCCAGUCCUGAGGCAGAGAUUGAGGAUCUCACAUCCAAAGGAGAUGAAGAGGAUCCAAUUGAUCUGGAUUUGGAGGACGUGAUUGAAGAGAGGCAUGUACAGGUGGAUCAGGAAGCCGCACAAAAGAAGCGAGUUGAUGUGGACUUGGAAGAAGUUGCGGAAAAAAAGCCGAUAGACAUUCAGGAUUUAGAGCCGUCAGCCCGGUCAGAGACUCCAGAAGUCUCUAAAGAACCCGAAUCGGCUAGGUUUGAGUCUCCAGAAGAAUCCAAUGAGGUUCCUUCUGUCGAAUCUGAGGAGCCUGUGUCUGAGUCUUCUAAACAAGAAAAUCAGCCAGAGAUCCUGGAUUAUGUCUUUUCCGACGAAGAGGAAUUGGAACAGAACUUGGAAAACGAGGAGGCAGCGUACGAGAAGUUUGUUGGCGACGUGAAGUCCACCAGACCUGUCAAGUCAAGCGGAUCUUUCUGGUCGAUGGACGACGAGGUGAAGCUACAAGAAAAUCUCAAGAAGCAGAAAAGAGACGCUGAUGAGGUGACUGUGAAGAUGGUUUUGGACGUCCAGGACCUGCUUUCGCGGUUUGGACUGCCCUACAUCACUGCGCCGAUGGAGGCAGAGGCUCAAUGCGCUGAGCUGCUCCGACUAAACCUGGUGGAUGGAAUCAUCACCGACGACUCGGAUUGUUUCCUGUUUGGCGGCGACCGGGUCUACAAAAACAUGUUCAACGAGAAGAACUUUGUGGAGUGCUACCAGAUGGAAGAUUUGGAAAGAGACAUGGGACUGAACCGACAAAUACUGAUAGAAAUUGCUCUUCUUUUGGGAAGUGACUAUACAGACGGAAUAAAGGGUGUGGGCAAGGUUGCAGCGAUGGAAAUUCUUGCCGAGUUCAAGAGUCUUGAGAACUUCAAGCAAUGGUGGCUGAAAUAUCAAGAUGGACACAUUGACGAGUCCACAGAAACCUCUAUUAAACGAAAGCUGCGCAAGACCUUAAAAAAAACAGGUCUCUUCUUGACGCCGGAGUUUCCUGAUAAGCGGGUGAUAGAUGCGUAUUUGCAUCCGGAGGUGGACCAUGAUAAGACAGAGUUCAAGUGGGGGUAUCCGAAUCUGGACAAACUCCGCGCGUUCCUUAUGUACAAUGUCGGAUGGAACGACGAGAAAGUGGACAGCAUUCUUUUGCCGAUCAUCCAGAACAUGAACAAGCCCCAGACCAGCAUCGAGGAGUUUUUCCCCGUUGAGAUGGUGAGGCGGCGGAGAGAGCUGGCCAUUGGCCAGCGGCUGAAAAAUGCAACGUCUCGGUUACGGAACGGAGAUGAUUCGGAGCCACCCGAGAUGGAGCAGCAGCCAGCGCAGCCCAAAAAACGGCGGAAACGCGCCUGA